AUGAACAACAAUUUGGUAAAAAGAAAAAGUUUGAGCAGCAGCAACCUCCACAAUCUCGACCAUCUCAACGAGAAACCUCAACACAUCAAACCCAACAACAACAAAAAAUUGAACCCCUGUAAAGACAACAAAUUAGAUGAAAACAUUAAAACGCUCCAGAGCCACAAACAGAACAGGGGAUGUUUCGGCUGCUUGUCUAAAAAAAGUCUUUCUAAAAAUGAUUUGCCAGAUGAAACAUUAAACAACUUAUUGAAAAAAAAUUCUCUAAAGAAACGACCUUUGAGUGACGUUAUUAACAACAACAACAACAACAAUAGUAGUAAUAAUAAUAAUAAUAGUAACAUCUUGCAAAACAUCAACAACAAAAACGUCCUGAACAGCAGCAUCAAGAACAAUGGCAACAUCGUCAACAAAACUAACAACACCACAAAGAAAAACACCAUCAAUAACCUUCAUUGCAGAAACUCAGGUGCUGAUGAUCAUCUCAACAAGAAAGAUGAAUCAGUGAACUGCAAAACAAACAAUGUGAAUGUCAACAGUCUCAAUCAGGGUAAUUUACGUGCACUUGAUUCGUUCAACCAAUCGGCAGGCAAUAGAAAUGUUAGUAAAGUUCGUUCAGCCGCUGGAAGUGAUUCAGCAAGCAGCACGCUAUUAAAAAACAUCAACAACAAUGUGUCAACUUCAUCAACCUUUACCUCGGACAACGGUAACAAUGUCUCAAAAUACAUCUCUGCAGCAAGUUUUUCAAUUGAAGAAACAUUGCCACUCUAUUCUGCGAGCACCAAAUCGCGACAAUCAUCAGAAUGGAAAGAAACACGUAAGUCUGAAACGUUGGCAGGCAGUCCUACGAAAUGUGUUGAGACAGUUUUAAUUCAUGUUCCAUCGACUGAGCAUGCAACUGAUAAGAAACAGCUGACAACGUUCAGAUACAGUUAUCCUACCAAUACCAAACCCCAACUCUAUAAUAGUGAUUUUUUACAUCAAACGCAACUUUCGACAAAUCCAGCAGCAACGACAACGUUGAUGGCAACAUCAGCCGCAACAGCUGCAACAACCGAUCCAAGCGUUCUGCUAGCAGGUGAAGUAGAUGCAAGAGUUACUGGCAACUACAUAACGAUCGGUGCUCCGUUCACUGCGCCAACAACUCUGCAAAAGCAAAAUGCAACAAAUCGACGUAAUGAAGCAAAUGUCUCCACAUCGUGCACUGAUGGCAUCAUUUAUGACAGUGUCAGUCACUUCAACAAGCAGCCCUUCAUUGGAAAACCUCAGCAAAUGGAAAGCGUUAAGAAUGGCGAUGAUGUUAAGAACGAUGACCUCAAUAAUAUUGAAUUCUACCAUGCCGUUGGGAGGGAGAUGAUUAAAGAAAUGGAUGCUGAAGACUUUGACUCAAUUCAGUUUGCGUGUUACAGAACAGCUCAAAAGUUGAAUUACAUCAGAAAAAUCCUGCACUUGAACGCUAACGUGUUGACGGAAUGGAAGGUCUUCCCGUUAAUUAUUGGUGGCAACUUUUAA